GCCUCUUUGAUCUGGUGGCCUAAAUUUCUCCAGAUAACGGUAUAUAGCCCUCGCAAUUAUCUUUCUCACACUGUCCACAGAGUUUCUAGGGGUUGCUGUUCUUUUCGUCUUCUGUAAAGGCUCCGAGUUCCUACGGUUUGCUGUUCUUCUCUUCUUCGAAGACUUUUUUUGAUAACGAAAAUGGUUCUCUCCAACGAUAUUGAUUUGCUGAAUCCUCCGGCUGAGCUCGAGAAGAGGAAGCACAAGCUAAAGCGUCUGGUCCAAUCGCCUAACUCGUUCUUCAUGGAUGUGAAGUGCCAGGGUUGCUUCAACAUAACCACAGUGUUCAGUCACUCGCAAACAGUUGUGGUAUGUGGGAACUGUCAGACGGUUUUGUGCCAGCCAACUGGUGGGCGUGCCCGACUAACAGAAGGGUGUUCCUUCAGGAAGAAGGCUGACUAAUGGCAAUGAUGAUGCCGCAUCCUAGUAGAGGAGUUGUGUUUGGUUACAAGCAAGGAAUGAGGUGUUAGCUCAAGUUUUUAUGUUUUGAUAUGUAACCUGUUCCUGUUGUUAUCAAGUUUUGGACCUAGAUAUUACUAUUUAUGAUGAUUAUAUCUUUUUUGAUUCGUCGGAAUGAAAUUCCAUUUGAUACGGCUCUUCAAUUGCAUAUCUUUGACAGUGAUUGCAAUAUUGUUAUGUGCUCUUUUGCUUUGAGGUGAAUUGUCAUGUCUGCUACUAUUUUUGCUUUUUCCCAUACCCUCAUACCAGAGAUUUGAAUCAGUGAAUUUCCUUUCGUUUCCACCUUAAAAAUACCAAGCGAAGCUAAUUUAUAUGUCCUUUGUACUGAAUAGUUGUGUGAUAUUUCUUAUAUUUGGAUGUAUGUGUAUGUUUAUUCUGCCAUA